AUGAGCCCCUCAUCGUCUUCGACGCCCUCAUCCACUCGGUCCUCGCACCUGAGUGUCCUUUCUUCGUCAUCAUCGAUCUCUUCACCAACAUCACUUCCUUCUCCUCUACCCUCGCCAUCCGUCUCGACUUCCUCCAUCGGAAGCAAGACUCAUGCAUUCUUUGGCUCUCCCUUUGGCGGCGGCGACUCGCCUACGCCUCACCCACCGCCUAAUCCACCGACCCGAUCCAUAUCCAUCAGGUCGCACGCGUCGACUUCCACGAAUUCAGACGAUGGUUAUGACGAGACGCCGAAGGCGGAGCCUAACGGACCCCUGCGCUCCCUGAACGCCGAUUUCUUCGGCCCUUCACUCCUACCCACACCCCCACCCGGCACGCCGGCAUUUCCGAGGAGCGCCUUCGCGUCACGCGAAAACUCACCUAGGAAGCCUAUAUUGCCACCGCUUUCCCGAUUUUUCCCGUCGCGCAGACGCUACAAUGAGCAUGACCGCGACGAGGCGCAGUCACCACCAUCGCGCGGGUUUUUUCAGCUGGAUGCAACCCCGCCGCCCCACGCCUACAAGGAUGCACCAUGGCUCGCCGAGCCAUACACAGCAUCUCCCGUCGGUGAUAAGUAUCAGCAUGCAGACUCACAUAUGACGGCAGACCAUGCUGAGACUCUAUCAGAUUCCUCAGUACUCACCACACCCAUCCCCAAGCCCGAGCAGUCAUCGUACGUCACGGCGAAGGUGAAUCCGGCACCGGAGCCGGAGCCGGUUUUACAGGCUGCUGCAUUACCCCUAGCGCCCCUAGCGCCUGGCGUACUCAUAGGUGCGCCAUCGCUCGAACUUGAGCUCGUGCGCAGGCUCGGGCAGGGUGCAUUUAGCAGUGUAUGGCUCGCGUGCGAUGUCAAGGGUCAGCUGGGUGCAUUUGAGCUAUCGCGGAAGACGAGCUUGCUCCGGAGUAAGAGCGAGAGGAGGGGUCGUGCGCGGAAGGUGGAUGGGUUGCGACCCAAGACGAAGCUUGACGAACAGAAUGAUGGUAUGAAACGUGUGCGAAAGGAGUGGAACGGUGACGCAAGUGCUGUGGUGGUGAAAGAGUCGACCGCGGGGCGGCUCGUUGCAGUUAAGAUGACGGAGCGGUCGAUGUGCGAGAAGAACUCGCGGACGCGGGUGAGCUUCGUGCGUGAGGUGGAAGUCCUGCGGCACAUUUCGCACCCAUCAAUUGUGUCUUAUCUCCAUUCGUUCAGUACCCCGUCGCAUCACUGCCUCGUUCUCGAGUAUGUAGGCGGCGGCGAGCUUUUUGACCUUAUCGAUAACGCGGAGACUCACGCGCGACUUGACGAGCCGUUGCUUCGCCGCAUGUUCGGGGAGCUGUGCAGGGCCGUGGGCUGGAUGCACGGCGUUGGCUUGGUGCAUCGUGACAUCAAGCUUGAGAACAUCCUCCUGACCACCUCACCCUUCACGAGCCCCUUACCUGCGGCGCCGUUAAUCAAGCUGAGCGACUUCGGCCUCUCCCGGUUCAUCGAUCCUGCCCAGCCGAUGCUGACAACCUUGUGUGGAUCUGAGUCGUACGCUGCGCCGGAGCUCGUGACUGGACGACCGUACGACGGGCGCGAAACCGAUGCCUGGGCGUGCGGAGUUGUGCUAUAUGCGCUCGCAACGCGGCGGUUGCCGUUCGAUCUCCCGAUGGCAAAUGUGGCUCACCGCGAGGUGGUCGUGGGUGAGGCACGCAUGCGGGAAGUAGAGCGCAGAGAACGACGUGCUCUACUCAUGCGCAUCGCCAAGGGCGAAUACUCUUGGCCUGACGAUCGCGCAUCGGAUUGUGCCGAUGAGCAAUCUCGGGAAACACGCCUUGGCUGGGCGACCGGCCCUGCCCUUGCGCACAGCGCAGGGAUCCGCCGUGUUGUCGGGCGACUGCUUGUCCGGGAUCCCCACAAGCGUUCGAAAAUCAUCGAUCUGUGGGAAGAUGAGUGGAUGCAUGGCGAGGGCGCCCCACCUCCGCCGUUGUCUCCAGUAUCUCCUGAUUUGGAUCACAAACCAGAUGAAACCCCGGAUAUUGCACAAACCGAAUCACCUCUUGAUCCGGACGGAGACGACCAGUUUCUGGAGGCGGAUGACGAUGGUGUACUCGUGGACAGCCACGACAUCGUUCCUGGUAGCGUCGCUCACCAGGAGCACUAG